CUGGUUUCGCUCCAAUGACUUUAAGUCGCGAAGUGGAAAUCGUAAGAGGCGGGGGCCAGGGCAUUUGCGCACAAAGUGUGCGAACGAACCAUGCGACAUAAACAGUUCAGACAUCGACAGCCUACAGAUGCCGAACGUCUUUCUUCAAGGGAGCUACAUGUACUGUAGUGCCAUUUUUACGGUAGAUUUACUCUUCAUACGCUAAAGACGCAUCAUGCAUGGUGAUACAUUGUCUUGUGUGGUUUGAAUAAUUCAUCAAAACGACAGAAUUCUUGUAUUUUUGGCAGUUUAAGGCCCCACGUGCGUGCGCUUGCCUUGGUCUGGUUAGGAGGAGCAGUACUGCGAGCGUGACACAGGCUUUGUCGCUCUGAACUGCAAACCAUUAAGUUCGCACAUAUCGAUACAAAAUGGCCAGCGUGAACACGGAAUCGGCCAAGCCGGGCGACAUGUCUUUGGGACAUUUUGGUGUGCCGGAGUUUGGCUGGAGAGUACCACUGGACCACGAGUUCCCAGAAAAGUGGGGAGCACUCAAGUAUCUGCGAUUUCUUCAAAUGAUAAAACUUAUCCCCACAAUUUGCAGAUACUUUAAAUUUAUCCAGAAAAUGAAGGCGCUUGGCAGACGACCAUUCAUUGACAUUGUACCAGUCUCCUUCAAGCGAAUAUACGGGGUACCCAUUGGAGGGAUAGGUUGUGGGGCAAUCAACAGAGGCUGGAAGGGUGAGUUCUGUCGUUGGUCCCUCACCCCUGGUAUAUACACCUACGAUAUAGUGGAAGUGAACCAGUUUACUGUCAGAAUUCAGCGACCUGAUCAGCCAGUGUACCAGCAGGUCUUGUACCCUGGCCAGGUCUCCAGCCAGCACCUUGCCCAGUCCUGGCAGUGGCAGUUCCCCGGCAACCAGGCCCAGUACCAUGGCUUGUAUCCGCGGGCGUGGACCGUCUACAGGAUACCAGACCAAGAUGUCACACUGGUGUGUCGGCAAGUGUCAUCAGUUUUUCCACAUGAUUAUUCAGACACCUGUCUACCAGUGGGUGUGUUCGUCUGGGAGAUCCACAACCAUGCCCCUGCCCCAGUCGACGUCAGUAUCAUGUUUACGUGGCAGAACGGGAUCGGUGCAGCCAGUGACAGGAAUGGAGGCCGCUGGAACGAAGCGUUCUGCACCGAGGGAGCGGAAGGCUCCAGUGAGGCCAGUGUGGUGGGCGUGCUGCUGCAUGACGACCAGCCCAUCAACAGAUGCACCAUGGGUAUAUCUGCAGCCAGUCAAGAGGGAGUCAAGGUCACACAUUGUGCAGCUUUCAACCCCAGUGCCAAUGCUGAUGCUUUAUGGGAGGAUUUGCUAGAAGAUGGACAUCUCAACUCCUCAACAGAUCCAGCUCCCAAGUCGCAGGAGGGCGAGCUGACUGCAGCAGCAGUCUGUGCGUCUUGUCAAGUAGGCGACAAGAGUCAAAGCAAGAUGGAGUUUGUUCUGGCCUGGGACAUGCCCCGCGUCCACUUCAAAAGCAAAGGCCAGUCCUACUUAAGGCGGUACACACGCUGGUUUGGUCAGGAUGGUAAGGCGGCCCCCAGACUAUGCAGUCAUGCUCUACGCAAUUACCCCCAGUGGGAGGAGGCCAUUGAGUCCUGGCAGAGACCUAUCCUCGAGGAAGAUUUCUACCCAGCCUGGUACAAGUCGGCCUUGUUCAAUGAGCUAUACUUCAUGUCAGACGGGGGCUCCGUCUGGUUGGAGCUACAGGAAGACCGGGCUAACGGCAGCCCAGCAGGCAGCAACAGCACACCGGACAGGCCCUGUAAAAUGGCCAAACUCAGGAAAGACGUGGGCCUGUUUGCAUACCUCGAGGGUCAUGAGUAUAGGAUGUUCAACACGUAUGAUGUUCAUUUCUAUGCUUCGUUUGCCUUGACAAUGCUAUGGCCACGGAUUGAGAUUAGUCUACAAGAUUUUAUAGGCAGUUGUGUCAGUGUGACGGAUGAUGAAUCCUAUAGCCAGUUAGCCAACGGCAAACAAGCAACACGGAAGCUGGCUGAUUGUAUACCACACGACAUAGGAGAUCCUGAAGAGGAACCGUGGAAGAGAAUCAACGGUUACUAUCAGCACGACACCUGCCAGUGGAAGGACCUAAACCUCAAGUUUGUCUUGAUGAUCUAUCGGGACUUCUACCAGAUCCAAGACCUUGUGUUUCUCAGAGAGAUGUACCCAAAGUGCAAGACUGUCAUGGAAACAGCCAAGCUACAAGACAUUGACGACGACGGUUUGAUUGACAACUCUGGCAUGCCGGACCAGACUUAUGAUGCCUGGGUGAUGACAGGAGCCAGUGCAUACUGUGGUGGGCUGUGGUUGGCUGCGUUGCGUUGCAUGGUGGAAAUGGCGCACAUUCUUGGCCACGACACAGAUGCCUCAGAGUAUUCAGCAAUUCUGGACAAGGGAAAGGUUUCUUACGAAGCCAAACUGUGGAACGGCAAGUAUUACAACUAUGACAGUAGCCAUUCACCACUCAGCCAGACGUGCAUGGCCGACCAGUUGGCAGGCCAGUGGUACCUGAGGGCCUGUAACCUGGCCAGGGACCAGACAGGCGCUGACAUCUUCCCCGCCAACCACGUCCGCAGCGCGCUGGAGACAGUCUACCGGACCAACGUCUUGCCCUUCCGGGAGGGGCGGUUUGGGGCAGUGAACGGGGUCAAGCCCAACGGGCGGAUCGACUGCUCCACCAUGCAGAGCGAAGAGGUGUGGACAGGGGUGACAUACGGCCUCGCUGCCAGCAUGAUCCAGGAGGGGUUGGUGAAAGAGGGCUUUCAGACAGCCAGUGGUAUUUACCACACCUGCUACGAGCGAGCUGGCCUGGGUUUCCAGACCCCUGAAGCUAUCAUGCUGAAGCAAGCUUUCCGCUCCUCAGGCUACAUGCGUCCCCUGGCUAUCUGGGCCAUGCAGUGGGCGCUGGAGAACCGCCACAAGCAGGCAGCAUUGGAGGAUGCCGUUAAAUCCCCUGGGGAGAACUGCAACGGGAAUAUAUGACUGGCCAAGGUGUGUGUGCAUGCGUGCGAAAGUUAGUUGCAAAUAAUGGUUGGAACAGGUGUGCAUUACGUGAACAGUAUUUUCAUUUGUGGCAUGCAGACAGCCUGCGUGCUUAGUGCAAUCAGGUGUGUAAUUUGAAAAGGUCCAGGGCUGUAGCGAAGCUGAUGUCAGAGGCGAAAAGUAAAUCUGUGUAUGUGUGAUUGGUACAGUAUUGCCACUAAGUAAUUUCUGAACAAAAUGAACACACUCCUACAAACUGAUUUACAUUAAUUAAAAAGCAAAUGUCUGCUUUCCAUGUGCAUAAAGGAAAAGAUUUGGACCGGGAUCUAAUCAUGGGACUUGAAGAAACCGAGCUAAGUGGACUCAUUUCCUUGAUGGUGGGUGGUUGAUACGUUCUGGCCAGAAUCCGUGACACCUACAUGUAUGCAUUCCACUUGGGCAUAGGAUGAUGCUGACAAUGUAAGUCAGCUUGCCUGUACACUUUGACAUGUUAAAUGUAUCUAAUCUGCAAGUGCAAGUCAUAUGUCACAUUUACUGAUGUGUAUUUUUUAAAAUCCCCAUCACCUGAUCAAUGGGCAGUCAAUCACAUGAUGUUAAACGCUGACCAUUUGACGUUAACUGUUUAACAGAGCGAUGUAUUGCAUACGCAUGAGUAUGGUAGGAAUAGUCAGUGCUCUUCAAACAAGGAACAUUGAACAACACAGGCAACAGAAGGGCGGGCGGUACAGUCACUGCUUUCCACACAGAGAGAAUGAUACACAGUAAAACAUAAAACAAGCCAGAAUGAGCCAGUAGAACAGCACCUUUCACACCAAGAUGAUUUAUUCAGACAUUAAAUAACAACGUUUCACAUUCAUGCAGUGGAAAGAGUACACACUUUCCACUGCAUGAAUUUUAGUUGGUGAUAGAUUGAACAUUACCUCAUGGACUAUUCUUACUAUUGCAUUCAAACAUUCAUUACUUGUAUAAUGUCACUUGUUGGUAUCUGCAGUUGGGCACAAUUUUUUAAGAUUUCUGGUUUUAGGGGGACAACAGUAUUUUUAAAUCGUAAUUAUCAGAUGGCUGUAGAGAUUAAAAAAUGUGGGGCUUCUAGCAAAAUGGUAUCAAGUCACCAGGGCCCAGUUUUCCAGAGCCACAGAGAAAACAGCUUAGCUUAGCUUAGCUUAGCUUAGCUUAGCUUAGCUUAGCUUAUCGGAAAGCCAGGCACAGGCAAUGUUCACCUCGUUGCUUUUGAAGCUGAUAACCCAUUUCUGCUAAGCAAAUUUGUGUGUCUAUGUAACUGCACAAAAUGGGGCCCACUGCAGUGGCAGGUGCAUUUUUUGACUGUGCAAGGUUAAAACGCAGUUUGAUUAGAAGCAUGGUUUUACUUUUAGUUUCACUCGCUGAAACGUUUUCAGAUUCUGUUGUAGUCUUUUCAGAGACACUCAGUAGUUCUUCAUUUUCAAAACUUGAGAACAAGUACAGGUGUACGUGCCCAUCAGGUAUACAUCAUUGUACCGUGAGAACAAAUUAUGUACAUCAUGGUAUCAUAAGGUAAGUACACAUGUAAGUACAGCAUCUCACUUGUAAGACAACUGAUGGCCACUUCAGCUUUAAAAUAACUGAAAUAUAUUUUUAUUGGCUGACCUCCUACACACCUACAUAUUCCCACCUGAUCUAAUGCAAAAAAUGUGGGGGAAAUUUAACAUCUUAAUAAUUGUGAAAUUGUGAUUCCGUAUUUUUACCUAUUUAUGACGAAGUUAACAGCAUCUUUUAAAGAAUGUGCAAGCAAUAGUUCAAGUGGUUAGGAGCUAUUUAUUUUUUAAAUGAACUACGUGUAGCCUUUAGAAUUAAAUGAAGUCAUCAAGAUUUCACAAGUGACGGUGACAUGCAGUCCUGUUUAAAAGGGCUGUCGGUAAAAAAAGGAGCAUAAAGGCAACGUCAGUCAGAAAUUACCAGGCUGCCAAAUUUGCAUUUACAGGGUUCAUUUAUUGUUUUUGUCGGAUGUUUCUUCUUCUGUGUGGCUUUCAGGUUUUUUCAAAGAAGUUCUGGUCUAGAACAUUAAGUUGUGCUGGGCUAAAAAAGUGCAUUUUUAAUCAUGCCAUUUCUAUAGUUUAUUGUUGUCGAGUUUUAUUAUUUAAAGCUUAUCAAUAAAGUUGUGAAUUUAUUUCACAUGUAACUGAAGUUAUUUAGUUAUAGAAGUGUCGUGAUUAAUUGUACAACUCAGAACUUUAAGUUAACUCAAAUAAUGACAUCUACAGGUUUCCCCAGGAUUAUUAUAACCCCAAAUGCCCAGAUUUUAUUUUCAUGUCUAUAAAAAUAACUUCAACUUUUUUUCUUCUUGAUCUGUCACUGUGGUAUGUGUCUUUGCUGAUUAUUUAGGAUUGGUGGAUAUUUAAAGAAAGGUCACUUUUAAGGUAGGGUCGUACUUUAUGGUCUUUUUUUUUCACCUUGCCCAUGCAUGAAAACACCACCUCUUAGGUCAGGUGUAUCUUUAAGUGUGCUUGACCCAGCAUUCAUAAUCUAAAGUUUUUGAGAAAGCUAGGGAAAGAUGAUUAUUAAAAACCCUAACCCGUAUACAUGUUUAAGUUAUUUUCAUGAUAAAAAUUAACAAAUUUUAGCAUUUAGGGGUUGUAUUAUAGGACAACCCGUGUGUUGAGACUCUCAAAUUAUACAUUACAAAGGUCCUGUUGGUUCUUGUGUGAUAAGUUCGUACUUUUUCAGACUUUUAAUGAAGAUUCAUUUUUAAAAAGGUUUAUUUACAGUGCUUGUAGUAGAGUUUUGUGUGUGUUAUACAUGUAGAUGUGCAAACUUUAGAUAGAAGUACUUAAUAACUACUCAGGCAGAUAAGUAUUAAAUUCUUUUUUAUGUGCAACUAUUUAAACGGUUGGAUAAAAGUAAUCAACUGUGCAUUAUACAAGGGUCACCGCCAGAAGCAGGAUAGAUGAGUUAAACCCUUCGGUUUCUUGUUGCUGCAUUCAAAUGUCAAAAAAGCUCCGUGUUAAAUAAAGAUGGCCGUAUAAAGUUGGCAUGUUCA